GCCUGCUGGUAGCAAUGGUUUUGAAGGGGCUACCUGAAACAUUUCAACCCUUCGCUAUCCAUGUUACUCAGCGAGAUGAAACCAUGACUUUUGCUGAAUUCAAGACAAAACUGCGGAGUUAUGAGGACACUGAAAAGAUGCGCGCCGCAGCAGCAGGUGACGAUGUGAUGAAGGUCCGCGCGCACCAGAGAGGAAGACCUGCAAACGCAGAUGAGCGAGGAGCAGAGAGGACGACGACGGACCUGAUGUGCUUCAGAUGCGGCCUGAGAGGACAUCUAGCCAGAACCUGCCGCCGCAAGCUGUGGUGCAGUUCGUGCAGGAGCAACACGCAACGGGACGACACCUGUCGACGCAGACAGCGCAGAGAGUGGGACGACGCACGCAAAGCCUGCGGUGAGACGGAGAGCCAGGAUAAAGAGUUUGCUUUCCAAGUGAGCGAAGGAACGGGCAUCAACCCGAGGGGCUUGAUGGUCGACUGCGGAGCAACUUCGCAUUUCAUCACCGAUCUCCGAAAGUUCAGACGCUUUGAUGAACGUUUUCAAGCCGGGUCACACUGCGUGGAGCUGGCUGACGGCAUGAAGAGCAAAGGAGUGGCUGAACGUCGAGGUGACGCGGAAGUCUGGCUGAUUGACAGCGGGGGAAGACGCGUCAAAGCUUUACUGAAAGAAGCUUUGUACAUCCCAUCCUAUCCACAAGACAUUUUCUCUGUGAAAGCAGCUACAGCCAAUGGAGCGACGGUGAUCUUCAAAAACAGGAAGGACGUGUUGAUCCACAGAGACG